GGAAACAUUUCUCUACAAAAUACAUAGUCGAAUGACAAAAUAACGUCAAAAAUGAUGGAACGGUAUGUGCUUCUUUGAACGGUUCCAGAAAAUUAUUUUUGGAACCGUGCAGGGCUCUAGUGACCGUGCGUAUAUGUGUGAGUUAGGGCAUUCCCAUCGAGUUUAUCUGGUCUGUGUCGUUUUCCGUCUGUUUUGGUCUGUUUACUUGUCUGCCCCGCUUUCUUUGUUUGUUUGUUUCUUUGUUUGUUUCAUUUGUUGGUCUCAUUGUAUCGUUUAUGUCUCUUGUCUUUGGUUUUCGUCUUUUCCGCUUCUGUUCUCGUACCUAGUCGCCUUUGUCAGCCUCUCGUGAUGGCGGUGCUGUCGUCUUCUGAGUGUGUAGGUUGGUUUGUUUAUGUUUUUGUUCUGUUUUAUAUAUAUACUAGUUUCCUUCCUUUUUCUUGUUUCUUGCUUGUUUGUUUUACUUCUCUUCGUGUUUAUGUCUCCUUGUCUGUUUGUCUGCUACUCGCGCGAUCCCCAGAAAAUUUUUUAACAUGUAUGUCUUAAAAGGCCUACGGGCAUUAACUCCCCACUUAGCAUAAUAAAAAAAAAAAAAAAAAAAAAUUCACUCUACUAUUAUAAGGACAAAACAUGGUGUUGUUCGGGUCAUAUGAAAGAGAGUCCCUACAAACCCCAUAAUCGGCCCGAACAACACUAUGUUUUGUCCUUACAAUAGUGGAGAAAAUCUUUUCUGAAUCGUUUUCAUACCUAAAUUUCACAUACCUUGAAAUUUAAAUAACUCGCUCUAGGCACGCCAAUGGCCGCUCAUGUUUUAAAUUUGUUAGUUUCUCGGUGAGAGUGAUCAUUUGACCCGAACAUGGUCAUUCAAUUUAACUUACAGUACAUGCCCUCCAUUGUUAGAAAUAUUUCUUUUAAUCAAUUAAAUUAAUUGAAUCUUUCUAGAUACCAAAGCUACGAGAUUUUAGUUUAAAAACUUUCAUUGAAGAUGAUUUUGACUUUAUCUAUUUGAAAUGGCUUCUUAACAAUUUAAAUUAUAUUGAAAAACUUCAACUUCAUAUUAAAAAUGAUAAACUAACCGAAACAAGAUGUCAAAAUAUAUGGAAAUCUUUGAUUGAUGCAAAUUUCAUUCGUCAAUAUUGUUUACCUGAUAUAAUAGAUAAUUUAAUUUAUUUCAAUUUUUAUAUUUGUUCUGAAUGUCAAUUAUCAUUUAAUGAUAUCUCGAGAAUAAUAAAUUCAUUUAAAAUUCAUUCUUUUUUUAUUGAACAUCAAUGGACAAAUGUCAAAUGUUUAUUUGAUCCAAUUAUGUCAUGUCUACAUAUUUUUUCUUCUUUUAGUAAUACAUUUCAAUCUUCUGAUAGUUUGAUGUCAGUUAUUAUUUAUUAG